AAGCACUGGAGGGGGUGGGGAGCAAAUCAAUUUGUUUGAAAACAAAUGUGCUUUUGACAUAGUUAUAGUACAAAAUGCGGCCAGAUUUAAAUAUUACCAGCGACAGUGACUUGGAAGCUGUGUUGGAAGAGUUCAAGCAGAAGGUGGAGCGGCGCAAUAGUGCUGGCUCGGCCAAGUACACGUGCAGCAUUGAGAACUGCGGGGCCACAUUCAAGCGUCUCGACCAAUUGGAUCGGCACGAGUUCCACCACACGGGCAAAAAGAAGCAUGCCUGUACGUAUGAGGGCUGCGACAAGACCUACUCAAUUGUCACACACUUGAAGCGGCAUCUGCGUAGCACCCACGAGCGAACCGAAGAUGCGGCACAGAAAAACGUUAAAUGCUCAGUGCUGGAGUGCAAAAAGAUGUUCACAUCCGACAGCAACAUGCAGCGUCAUGUGCGUGAGGCCCACGACAGUCCCAGGGUGUACCCAUGUGGACACUGCCCAGCCAAGUUUUCGCAAAAGUUGAAGCUGAAGCGGCACGAGAUCCGGGAGCACACCAAAGACUAUCCGUAUCGAUGCAGCAAGUGUAGCCGCGGCUUCUACCAGGAGUGGCAGCGGGAGAGCCAUCAGGGCAGCUGCAAGCUCUACUCCUGUCCCGGCUGUGACCUGCAGUUCGACAAGUGGACGAUCUACACGAAGCAUUGCCGCGACACGCUGCAUAGACGGCAGCGGAACAAAUGCGAGCACUGCGAGAGCAGCUACGCCAAGCCCAGCGAUCUCAGGCUUCACAUGGAGGCCAAGCACAAGGACUCGGUGGGGGCUUUUGCAUGCACCGAGGAGGGUUGCUCUCGCACCUAUUCAUACGAGCGUAAUUUGCGCCAACACCAGCUGGCGGCGCACACCGGAAGGCGCUUCGAGUGUCAAGCCAUCAACUGCGGACGCUGCUUCAGCAGUGCCCAGAACCUGUCCAAGCAUCUGGCACGGGAUCACAACGAUGGAAAAGAGAAGGUGGAGAAGGAGAAGUCGAAGUCAAAUUCGAAGACCCGCAAGCGUCGUCGCGAUGCUGGUCGCACCAAACAUUCCAGGCUGUCAAAGCUGACCUGCCUGCAGCUGGAGAAGGAUGUGGAUGAGGAGGUGCGCCAACGCAAGUCCCCGGCUUUGAAGAAAGUCGCUGAAUAUCUGGUUGAAGAAGAUCCCUUGCAGCAGCUGAUUAGCGCGACUCUACAAGACGAUGAGGCAGUGGACUAAAGAUACGCAUCUUCCGUU